GUGUGCGCUCGCCGCGCCCGGCUCACUGCGGCCGGCGGCUGCCUGCCGUGCAGAGGGGAGCGGAGCUCAGCCGCCCCGUCGGGGAGCGCCGCGCUCGCAUGGCCGCGCCGCUCCGCGCCGCCGCCGCCGCGGGGCCAAGAGGGGCCGCGGUAGGAGGAUGAGGCGGACGGCGGGGCGGCGGCGGCGGCGGCGGCGCGGAGGAUGAAGUGGAGCGUGCGGGGAGCCUGCGCCGCGCUCUCCAGCUGCCUCCUGCUCGCCUGCGCCCUCAGCGCCGCCGCCGUGGGCCUCAAGUGCUUCUCGCUGGGCUCCGAGCUCAAGGGCGAGCCCUUCCGCCUGGGCACCGCCGCCGGCGCCUUCUACUCGGGGCUGCUGCUGGCCGCCGGCCUCUCGCUGCUCGCCGCUGCACUGCUCUGCUGCCGCCCGCCCGACGAGGCGCCCGCGGUUCCGGCGGCGGCUCCGGCCCCGGCGGCGGCUCCGGCUCCAGCCCCCGCGGCGGCUCCGGCUCCGGCUCCGGCUCCGGUCCCGGCCUUGGCCUCGACCUCGGCCUCGGCCUCGGCCCCGGCUCCGGCCCCUGCCCCGGCUCCAGCCCCGGCUCCGGCCCCGACCGGGGAUUCGGUCCCGGCGGGUGGCGGCCCUGGCGGGGGGCAGGCGGCGGCCGCGCCGUCGGGGCCGGUGGAGAAGGCAACGCCCGGGGGGCGGCAGAACUUCUUGCUGCUGGGGGUGCUGGUGUUCAUGCUGGGCGUGCUGAGCGCCUUCGCCGGCGCCGUCAUCGACGGCGACACCGUGUCGCUGGUGGAGAGGAAGUACUCGCACUACUGCCUGCUGCAGCCCGGCGGCGUGGCCCGCCCGCGGAGCAGCCCCGCGGCCCUCGACAGCUCCGCCGCAGCGCUCCGCUGCCAGAAGCUGCGGGACUACCAGCGCGGCUUGGUGCUCUCCACCGUCUUCAACGCGCUGGAGUGCCUCCUGGGUCUGGUCAACCUGCUCCUCGUCAAGAAUUACAAGGCCUCGCAGCAGCGCGGGCGGCGCCGCCGGCGGCGGCGAGGGGCGACAGCCGCGGCGGCGGCGAGCGGGCGGCGGCGGCGGCGGCGGGGCACCGACGAGCGGCGAGCGCCGAGCCACAGCCAGGGCUCUCUGUUCUCCGGCGGCGAGCCCGAGCUCAGCCCCGGGGAUUGCCCCUUCCAGGCCGUCUCCUACAUCAACGUGGGUGUCUUCCACGUCUUCGACGAGGCGGGCGUGGAGGUGCACUGUGGCGGGCAUCCCUCCGUCGAACUGCCCGGCUACUCGCCCAUGGACCCCGAGCUCAACGCCUCCUACCCCUACUGCUACCCACUGCCCAGCGAGCAGCCCCCCGCCUACGAGGAGAUCUACCCCGGGGAGCCCUCCGCUCAGGGCACCUAGCGCCGACCGCAGGCGGUACGCCCAGCUCCCCGCCCGGCCCUCGGCUCGCCCUGACAGCCGGGAGCGGGACGAGCGGCGGGAGCGGGACGAGCGGUGGGCGCGGGAGCGGGCCCGGCAGCGCCCCGCAGCCGCGGGACCCGGGGACAGCCCU